AUGCGCAUAUGUGAUGCCUAUGGACAUGACAUACGGAGGCCUAACGAAGGUUUGUUGCUUGAAUGGCGUCGUGGAAUGGAGGAAAGUAGCACUCUGAGGAAUUACGUUUUUGAGGAUGAUAAGGGUGUCGAGGACGAUGGGGGUGAUGACGCUCAUGAGGGUGAAAACGUUCAUGAGGAAAGAGUAACAGAUGAUGUGUGCAAGAAUACAAGAAUAAAGGAUGAGGAAAGAUUUCGAAAAGGGAAAGGCAUUGCAACUCUAGACUCGGAAGGGGAAAGCGAGGGGGACGAUGAGGACAAUGAUGAAGAAGAUGACUCACAAGGGAAUUUCGAGUACAUAGGUGUUGACGAACCCGUGUGGACCGAUUACACGGAGGGAAUGGACAGUCGUGGUUGGUAUGAGGCUCAAUCGCAUGCAGAUGCAAGCGAUGACGAUGAUGAUGAUGAUGCUGAUGACGAUGGCGGUGAUGGUGAUGAUGACGAUGAUGAUGACCGUGAUCGUAACGAUGACGAUGAUGAAGACAAUGACAAUGACAAUGAUGAUGAUAAAGACGAUGACGAUGACAAUAUAGAUGCCGACGAAUAUUGA